CAGGAAAUGUUAGUCUGGUUACUCUUCUACACACUGUUGCCUUGGUCAUAUCAAUCAAUGGAAAAUUACAACGGGUAUACAUUGAUACGAUUUGCGGCUGAUGAAACAUUGGCAAAAUGGCUGACUGAGAUGGAAGAUUCAGGUUAUGAGGUCAAUGAGAUUACCGAAAAAACAAGAGUACUAAUAGAUGUGUGGGCUGAGCCGUCUCGACAGAGCCCUAUCGCCGAAGUGCUCGUAGCACCCGAGUUUCUUGGCUCUUUUUUAGACAUGCUGAGCAAUAAAGGAGUAACCUAUGUGGAGACAAUCAAAAACGACAUUGGCAGAGAAAUCCGACGCGAACGUCGACAUUUAGAACGAUAUCGAAAGCGAGCGAAAAGAAGUUCUAAUGCUAUGCAAUUUGAUGCAGAGAACUAUCACACUUACGAUGAGAUGGUAACGUUCAUGCAGCUGCUAGCCGAACAGCGACCAGAUCUCGUUACAUUGGUAAAUGUGUCAAAAACAUUUGAGGGACGUCCUUUAUACGGUGUAAAGAUCUCAUCUUCUAAUAAGUAUAAGCCUGCAAUCAUGGUCGAUGCUGGAAUACAUGCUCGUGAAUGGGUUGCUCCAGCUGCCGCUUUAUAUAUGAUCAAAAAGCUUGUCUCGGCUUAUGGCAAAGAUCCGGAAAUCACAAGGAGCGUGGAUAAAUUCGAUUGGUAUAUCAUUCCACAAGCAAAUCCGGACGGCUAUGAGUACAGUCGCAUUUCGGACCGACUAUGGCGUAAAACGCGAUCACGUAAUGUAACUGUCAACAAAUGGUGUGUUGGAGCUGACGCUAACCGUAAUUGGGGACAUCGAUGGGGUGAAGCAGGUGCCAAUCGUUCACCAUGCUCUAACAUUUAUGCUGGAAGCCGUCCAUUUUCUGAGCCUGAGAUUGUCGGCCUAAGGGACCUUGUCACAUGGCAAAUUCCUAACCUGAUCAUCUAUGCUAGUCUCCAUUCAUAUGGACAAUUACUGUUGUCGCCUUGGGGUUACACCCAUACUCGACCGGAUAACUACCUAGACCAGCGUAAUGCAGCACAAAUAGCCGUAGCAGCGAUGCGUAAUGCCACUGGAGCAGAAUAUAACUAUGGAACAAUAGCCGAACUGAUGUAUCCCGCUUCCGGUACGAGUAUUGAUUAUAUGCAAGAUCGUGGAGUACCGUACAUCUUCGGAGUUGAACUACGACCGCUGGAUUCGCACAAUACUUAUGCUUUCAGUUUACCGCCACAUUUUAUCAAACCAACAGGCGAGGAAAUGCUUGCUGGUCUUAUUGCAGUUGGCGACUAUGCAGUACUGCAUAAAAAACUCUGAUACUCAUCGUUGUUCUCUAAACCAGAAUCUCACUAGUUUGUUAGUUUCGUGAUUUUAUUAUGUAACCUGUUCUGUUGAAUCUCCGUUUCUAGCAACUUUCGAAUCUAGGGAAGGUCAAAUUAUCGGAUGGCCUUAUUUGUGUAUUUGCUGUUAUUACAUCAUAUACUUUGAUAUUUUGCCUCCAUUCCUCUAUACAUCGUUACUUGCGCCUGCUUACAUAGAUUGUUAUUUUAGUGAGAACUAUGAAGACCGGUAUGAUUUAUUUGUUCACUACAUGCAAAGC